GGGGGAGAGAGAGAUGCUAAAUGCGUGGCGAAGAAACCUCGACAGACACGACAAUGGAGCCCAACAUAAGCCCCGCUCGCCUCACCUCACUCCUCACUCUCACCAAUGGCUUCCGUCUCUCUCCGCUUCUCCUUGCGUCUCCAAACCCCUUCUUCAUUCCCGCCGUCGCCGCACCACAGGCUGUCCGAUGCCAUAUCUUGCUGCUGUGCUUCAACCGCUUCAGCUCCGCACACCGCAAUUGCCUCGGCUGGAAGCUUCAAUCAUCCCAUUCUAGUCAAUGGAGAUCCUCCCAGUUUCGUCUCUGCCCCUGGUCGCCGGAUCGUCGCAGUUGGAGAUUUGCAUGGAGAUCUAGAGAAAGCUAGAUAUGCCCUGAGGAUGGCAGAUGUUUUGAGUUCUGAUGGCCAAGAUUCGUGGGUCGGUGGACAAACGGUAUUAGUUCAGCUUGGAGAUAUACUGGAUAGAGGUGAAGAUGAAAUUGCAAUUUUAUCCUUGUUGAAAUCUUUGGAUAUACAGGCGAAAGCUUCCGGAGGUGCAGUUUUCCAGGUUAAUGGAAAUCAUGAAACCUUGAACGUUGAAGGGGAUUUCAGGUAUGUUGAUUCAGGUGCAUUUGAUGAGUGUGCUGACUUCCUGGAAUACCUGGACACCUGUGGCCACAACUGGCAAGAAGCAUUUCUUGGUUGGUCUAGUGUAUCUAAAAGAUGGAAAGAAGACCGUAAGGUGCCACAAAAACAUUGGGGUCCUUGGAAUUUGGUGAAGAGACAGAAGGGAGUCAUUUCAAGAUCAAUUCUUCUGAGACCUGGGGGUCCUCUGGCAUCUGAGUUGGCACAGAACGCAGUUGUUCUCAAAAUCAAUGAUUGGGUAUUCUGUCAUGGUGGUCUUCUUCCUCAUCAUGUCCAAUAUGGCAUAGAGAGGAUGAAUAGAGAAGUAUCUCUGUGGAUGAAAGGCCUCGGGGACAAUUCUUCGAAUAUCCCCUUCAUAGCUAUGAAAGGCUAUGACAGUGUCGUGUGGAGCCGUCUGUACUCAAGAGACACGUCACAUUUGAAUGAUCAUCAGAUCAAUCAGAUUCAAGCUGUCCUUCAGGAGACACUUCAAGCAGUGGGUGCUAAGGCUAUGGUCGUAGGACAUACUCCGCAAUCAACAGGAGUGAACUGUGAAUUCAACUGUAGCAUUUGGCGUAUCGAUGUGGGAAUGUCCAGUGGAGUUCACAACUCAAGGCCUGAGGUUCUAGAGAUAACAGACGGUGGAGCACGGGCAAUCAGAAAUAUAAGCGAGAGGUUUCGUGAGCUUGAAGUGGUUGAUUAUAUGUAAAUGUCAUAAGGAGCUUCUUGUUCAUCUGGACAAGCUGCAUGGAAACUUUCUCGAUUCAGGACUUGAGUCAAUAGUGCUUUAAGGGGAACCCUUUCGCUUUCCUAAGUCUAAGCAGUAAAGUCAGAAACGAGUUAGGGGCCUCUCUGUUCAACUUUGCCUCAGUGUAAUUGUAAUCGAUAUGCUUAAACCUAAUUGACAAAUUACCAACGAAGUCCGUAUUACCAACAAUGUGUUUCUUAUUAUGUUUGCAUACUGUUGAAAAUAACACAAACCUUAGUGACUCUUUUUUAGGAUAUAUUUGGUCUUUUUCAUAUUUAGUUAGGUGUUUAUAAACUGUAUUAGGUUUUUGUUUUUAAGUUGAAUCGAUUUUUGUUUGUCACUUUUACUGCAUAAUUUUAACUCUUUUUGACACUUACACUUUUAAUAAGAUCAUGGGAUCUUUUCAAGAAGAUUUGGUACAUCUUUUUGCGGUGCAUCUCAUCUAUACAUAAACCUUGUAGGAUUAUGUUUCUUGUAGUUUAGUAAAAAUUUUACAAUUCUCACCUCUGUUUAGAAGUUAUGAGGCCAAUUUGCUUUCUUUAGAACUCCAUAUCUAAUUCUCCAACCCCCCACCCCAGUUCAGUUGGUGUGUUUUUUACUAUAUAUAUAGGGAUCAUAAUGAAAUAUACCCAUCUAAUAAGGUUUCCGUAGAAUUGAAAUAAGAAAAAGACUGGAAAUAAAAUAGAUGUUCGAUGUAGUGUAAUGAACGAAAAAUAAGUGUUGGAUAUGAUAUUUAAAACAUAAAUAAAUAAAUUAACAUGAGAUGUAUUUAGAGGUAAAAUAAUUGAUACAGUAAUAAACUAUAUAAUGC